UUUAUUCAAUGUCUUAUGUCUCAACCUUAGAUUACUUGAAGAGCUAGCUUUCCCCCUUGUCAAGUAUAUUUGGUGUUGGACAGAUCUGCAUUCUCUGCCUUUAGGAACAAAAUUAACAUGGCAAAGGAUAGGACCAUUGGUGUGGCUUUGGACUUCUCCAAGAGCAGCAAAAACGCUCUGAAAUGGGCACUUGAGAACUUGGCUGAUAAAGGUGACAACAUUUACAUCAUUCACAUCAACCCCAACUCUCUAGAUGAAUCUCGUAACAAGCUUUGGGGCAAAUCUGGUUCUCCCCUGAUUCCUUUGAAAGAGUUCAGAGAGCCUGAGGUUAUGACCAAGUAUGAUGUUCAAAUUGAUAUUGAGGUUCUUGAUUUGCUUGACACUGCUUCCAGGCAGAAAGAGGUGAACAUUGUUACAAAAAUAUACUGGGGUGAUGCAAGAGAGCAACUUCUGGAUGCUGUUGAAGAUCUGAAGCUUGAUUCUCUGGUUAUGGGAAGCAGGGGUCUCAGCACAAUUCAAAGGAUAAUAUUGGGAAGUGUGAGCAAUUUUGUGAUGACCCAUGCCCCUUGCCCUGUGACUAUAGUCAAGGAUUCAAGCAGCAGCAACAAGUGAAGGGAAAUUGAUCAAUUUGGAUUGGGAGUGGGAGGGCAUUAAAAUUUCGAAUUCCUGCUUUGUACUUUGAGCUCUAGUGGGACAUCCAUCAUCUGUUUCCUUAUUAUUUUGGUUUCAAAGUUGAGAAUUUGUGAUUACUUAUGAUUGAGACCCGGUUUUGGGUUUCAAGUUCAACCCUUGACUUUAACGAAGGAAUAAUGUAAUUUCAGUGCCAUAUUAGGCCAAAUACCCUCCAAAUUUUAAUUUUAUUAUAUUUGGAUAAA